UCUCUUUCACUCACACACACACACACACACAAGUUUUAUCUAUUAUGUUUGCUUCCAUACAAGUUUCAAAUUCCUACGGGUUAGGGUUUUUCAACUUCCCAAAAUCGUUUACAGAAUCAUAUAACGUUGGGUUGAUAGGGAAUCCUUUAUUUCAGAUUAAGUUUUUUUAUCUUACCAGGGGAUUCGGUAUUUGUGUUUAGUUAAAGUAGCAGGUAAUGAUUGUGUUGGAAUUUUCGUAGCCAUUUGAAUUGAAAGUGGAAGAUAAUAGGCUAUUAAGGCACAGAGAGAGCUUAAAAAGAAAAUUUUAAGCAAACCAUCUUGAAGAAGAAAGGCACUUCGUGAAGGAACUUUUCUGCAUGUCAUUUUGACAUUUUUUCAAUGUCAGGGUUGCUUAAUAAUGUACUGCACGUUUCUUAUCUAAAUCAUGCAAACGUGUUUAAGUAGCUUAUCUGAGUGUGUUUUUUUGGUUUAGUUGUAAGAACUUUUGAUGUAUCAUGUAUUGUUUGGAGUCAAAUAAAUCUUACUUCAAUUAUUUAGAAUACCAUUUAUUUGUAUGCUUUGCUUCAUAAAAUCUCUUUUGAAAUUUUGCUGUCUAUCCUUCCAUGCUGAUAGUGUUUUUAGAGGGUGGGGGGAGAUCUUGUUUUUUGAGGAGGGGGUCUAUGUUGAAGUAAGCUUACAAGCUGGGAAACCACAUGCAUGAUGCGACAUUAUUAAAUGUCAUCUUUGAGCGGAUCGGCUUCAAAUCUUCAAGAUAAUACUGCUGGGCGACCAUUUUCUACAUCUUUUUCUGCCCAAUCUGGUGCACCUUCUCCUGUUUUCCAACACAGUGGAUCUAUUCAGGGGCUCCAUAACAUACAUGGCAGUUUCAAUGUUCCCAGCAUGCCAGGCACUCUUGGAUCAAGAAAUUCAACAAUGGCUAAUGUCCCUUCAAGUGGGCUUCAACAACCAAGUGGAAACCUUUCUAGUGGACGGUUUACAUCAAAUAUUCCUGUUGCUCUUUCACAGAUAUCUCAUGGCAAUUCACACGGUCAUCCAGGGCUAGCUAAUAGAGGUGGCAUGGGGGUUGUAGGAAGCCCUGGGUUUAGUAAUAGCACUAAUGCAGUUGGUGGUUCCAUUCCUGGAAUUCUCCCCACCUCCGCAGCAAUUGGCAAUCGUAAUGCUAUUUCUGUGGUUGGUGCGUCUCAACUUUUAGGAAAUUCAGGUCCUCGAAUUACAAGCUCAGCUGGAAAUAUUGUUGGUGGUGGUAGUGUUGGGAGAAGCAUAAAUCCUGGUGGAGGAUUAUCAAUGGGGGGCCUUUCUUCUCGCUUAAGUUUUACCGCGAAUAGUGGGUCUGGAAAUAUAGGCGUGCAGGGAUCCAAUAGAUUAAUGGGUGGUAUGCUUCAACAAGCUUCUCCACAGGUGAUGUCUAUGCUAGGAAAUUCUUAUCAUUCAGGUGGUCCACUUUCUCAAAAUCAUGUUCAGGCAGUGAACAGCUUUAACUCUAUGGGCAUGUUAAAUGAUGUGAACAACAAUGAUGGCUCCCCAUUUGAUAUAAAUGAUUUUCCUCAGCUAAGUAGCCGUCCUAGUUCCUCUGGAGGUGCCCAAGGACAAAUAGGUUCAUUACGAAAGCAAGGGCUUGGUGUUAGUCCCAUCGUACAGCAAAAUCAAGAGUUCAGCAUCCAGAAUGAAGAUUUUCCUGCACUACCAGGAUUUAAAGGUAGCAAUGCUGAUUAUUCUAUGGAUUUGCACCAGAAGGAUCAAGUUCAUGAAAACAAUGUUUCGAUGAUGCAGUCUCCCCAUUUCUCUAUAGGAAGGUCUUCAGGAACAUUUUCAUCACAUCAUCCACAGCAGCAAAGCAGCAGUGUCUCUUUUUCACCUGCAAAUAAUCAGGAUCUACAUCACUUGCAUGGUUCAGAUAUGUUCCAAAGGUCACAUUCAUCUUAUCACUCACAGGCCAGUGGACCUCCAGGUGUGGGUUUGAGACCUUUAAACUCUCAAAACACAAUUUCUGGAAUCGGUUCGUACGACCAACUUAUCCAACACUAUCCACCACAACAGAAUCAAUCUCAAUUUCGCUUGCAACAGAUGUCUGCUGCUGGUCAAUCAUAUAGGGAUCAGGGUAUGAAGUCGUUACAGGCUGCUCAAACCGCUCCUGAUCGAUUCGGUUUGCUUGGUCUAUUGAGCGUAAUUAGAAUGAGCGACCCUGAUUUGACAUCUCUUGCUCUCGGUAUCGAUUUGACUACUCUUGGGCUAAAUUUGAAUUCGGCAGAAAAUCUUCACAGGACAUUUGGUUCUCCAUGGUCAGAUGAGUCUGUAAAAGGAGAUCCAGAUUUCACAGUGCCUCAAUGUUAUUAUUCUAAACAAGCACCUGUCUUAAAUCAAUGGUAUUUUUCCAAGUUUCAGUUGAACACACUGUUCUACAUCUUUUACAGCAUGCCUCAAGAUGAAGCUCAAUUGUACGCUGCAAAUGAACUGCAUAACAGAGGUUGGUUCUAUCACCGAGAACACCGCUUGUGGUUUAUGAGGGCUGCAAACAUUGAGCCUCUCGUGAAGACAAAUGCAUACGAGAGAGGAUCUUUUAUCUGUUUUGACCCAAAUACAUGGGAAACAAUACGGAAGGAUAAUUUUGUUGUAUACUAUGAGAUGGUGGAGAAAAGAGCAGCAGUACCCCAACAUUGACAAGUAUUUACAUGUAAAGUCCCUCCCUUUUGGGUAUUUCUAUUAUAUAUUAUACGCGCAGGUUUCAGUUGUAGUGUUUAGGUCUAAUUGGUGUAUUAGUAGUAGUUGGUAAUUUAUUAAUCAUUUACAUAGAGGAACAUUAAUUAUUUAUCAUAGAAGCAGUCUUAUGUUUGCUCAUUUUGUUGAUAUUAUGAAAUGAAACAAAUUUUGGUC